AUGCUUUUUUUAUGAUUGGUGGCGUCUUUCCAGUUUUCCUGCUAUUAUUCUGCAUUAGUGUGUGCUGUGCAGCAUUAGUGUAUUGCACAUCCGAGCGUCAUAUCCCUCCGACAUACCACUGGCUAUUUGCAUAUCUGGGUUUUGCAGUUGCAGUCACGUGGAUCUAUUGCCUGGCGAAUGAAAUAGUCGCUCUGUUGCAGGUGUUUGGAGUGAUAUUCAAUCUAAGCGAUUCUAUUCUGGGUUUGACUAUACUGGCAUGGGGAAAUUCUCUCUCAGACUUUCUUUCAAACUUAGCUGUGGCACGGAAAGAAUAUCCGAGGAUGGCCAUUUCUGCCUGCUUCGGAGGACCCCUUUUAGGUACUGAUUGA